AAGAGCAGAGAAGAAAUCUCUGAGAUGGGUCUUCUAAAAUUUGGGCUUCUCUGCAUUGAUUUUCUUGCCUGGCCUAUGCUUGCUCUGGCUUAUCCUCUGUGUGCUUCAAUCAGGGCAAUUGAGACUGGUUCCAAGUAUCACAUGAGAAAGCUGGUCACAUAUUGGACUGUUUUGUCCAUUGUGUCUCUCUUUGAGCAUACAUUGAGAGUAAUGGAAUGGGUGCCUCUGUGGCCUUACAUGAAACUGGUUGGCACUUUCUAGUUGGUGGUACCUCGGUUCAGUGGCGCUUGUUAUGCUUAUGACUGUCUUGUUAAUGCAGACUUGGGCGCGAAACUGCACUGCAUUCUUUCCCAGAUUAGCCACGCGUUUUUUGCUCACAAACACCUUUUGAAUUCUCCCGACAACGAAUGUUGCUGUCGCCUUAUGCAGUCUAAAGAUUUCAAAGCCGUGGAACAGACAACAGAACAAGGAACCGAGGAAACAAAGUCUAAAGAGUUCAAAGCCAUGGAACAGACGACAGAACAAGGAACUACCGAGGAAAGAAAGGUUAAAAGUGCAGUUGACAACAUAGGACAGAUGCAGAAACAAGAAUCGGAAGCUCCAUGGGUGAAGGGAAUCCCCGUGGCUAACGCUGCAGAAGAGAAAAUUAUCCCGGGGAUAAAUUCUUCAAAGCUAAUUCAGAGAGAAUGGACUUGUGCUGUGUGCCAAGUGACUACUACUAGUGAGCAUGAUUUGAAAUCCCAUCUCGGAGGGAAGAGGCAUAGAACCAAUUGCGCCGAGCUGAAACCAAUCAAACGGGUCAUAAAUGACCCGGGAUCUUGUUCCCCCAAAGCAACAGAUCUUCCAAAUCAAGUAAAAAACGAAUCAGCAAAGCAUGCACAUGCAGGGGGAGGAUUAAACCAGGAAACCAAUGUCAAACCAGAGAAGGCAACGGGUGUUGAAAACCAAGUUAAAAACGAGCCAGCAAAGCCUAAUGCCCCUGCAGAAGGAGGAUCAAAGCAGAAAACCAAUGCUAGUGUUAGUACAGUUUCUAAACCAUUUUGUAGCUUCUGUGAUAUUUGGCCUCCAUGCGAGGCUGCUUUAGUGGCUCACUUGAAGGGGAGAAAGCACUUGUCUAAACUCAAACAAAUGGGCAUUACGAUAGCAAAUGAACCAGCAAAACGAGAGAAGGAAACAGGUCUUGAAAACCAAGUUAAAAACGAGCCAGCAAAGCCUAAUGCCCCUGCAGAAGGAGGAUCAAAGCAGAAAGCCAAUGCUAGUGUUAGUACAGAUUCUAAACCAUUUUGUAGCUUCUGUAAUAUUUGGCCUCCAUGCGAGGCUGCUUUAGUGGCUCAUUUGAAGGGGAGAAAGCACUUGUCUAAGCUCAAACAAAUGGGCAUUCUGAUGGUGUAAAACAUAUGCAUUCUGAAAAAUAACUGCUCCAUCUAUGGGGGGUUCUUGUAUAUAAAUCUAAGUACUGUUAUUCUCAGCUUUGUGUAGUAUGCAAAUAUUGAGAAAUCUGGACUCUUGUGUUUA